UUCAUUCAAGGUCUUUCCUAUCGUGACUUGAGAGCUUUUUAUAACACUGUUUCUAGAGUGAUAUCUGACAUGUCUUCACCUUGGACUUAUCCUGUGACUAGACGUGACGAGUCUAUUGUCGAAGAAUUACACGGCUACAAAGUUGCCGAUCCUUAUAGGUGGCUGGAAGACCCUGACUCUGAAGAAACAAGGGCGUUUGUUGAGGCUCAAAAUGCUCUUACGAACAAGUAUUUGGAAUCUUAUCCUUAUCGCGAAAAGUUUCGUGAAACCCUAACUAAAAUUUAUGACUAUGAAAAGUAUGGUUGUCCUUUUAAAUAUGGAAGUCACUAUUAUUACUUUUAUAAUACCGGUUUACAACCUCAAAGUGUCUUAUACCAAUUGAGAAACUCCCUUGAUUCCCCACAUGAAGAAUUUUUCAAUGCAACAGAUGGUACCGCUGCCCUUAAUACGUACUCCUUUUCAAAACAUGGCAAAUACUUUGCCUAUGGCAUCUCUAAAUCGGGAAGUGAUUGGGUCACAGGAUAUGUGAAAACAACUGACAAAAACGAAUUACCAUUGGAUGAUGUGAUUGAAUGGGUUAAAUUCUCAUACUUUAGUUGGACCCAUGAUGAAGCUG